AUGGGGAAGAUCAUCGACCGGCUCUUGGAGCUGGAGAAGACGGGGACGCCGAGCGUGAGCUUCGAGUUCUUCCCGGCCAAGACGGAAGAUGGCGUCUUCAACCUCCUCAACCGCGUCGAGGAGAUGGGCUUCCAGCUGCAGCCGACCUUUGUGACCUUGACGUGGCGCAGCGGCUUCAAGGACGAGAAGCUCUGGCUCAAGAUCGGCGCGCACAUCCAGAACGAGUUCAAGAUCGACGUGCUCAUGCACUUGACGUGCCACUUGCCGCAGGACCAGCUCCGUGUCAUCUUGCAGAACGCACGCAACGCCGGCAUUCGCAACAUCUUGGCCUUGCGCGGUGACCCGCCGAUCGGCGCCGAGCGCUGGAAGGCUGUGCCCGGCGGCUUCCGCAACGCGGUCGAGCUCAUUCGGUUCAUCCGCCAAGAGCACGGCGACUACUUUUGCGUUGCAGCCGCGGGCUACUCGGAGGUGCACACGGAGGCGUGGAACAACCCCAACUUGCCGCCGUCCGACCAAGUGCGCAACCUCGACAUGCUGCGCCUCAAGGAAAAGCAAGACGCGGGCGCAGACUUUAUCAUCACCCAGUUCUUCUUUGACGUCGACAAGCUCUCGCAGUGGAUUCGCGACUGCCGCGCCGUUGGCAUCCGCGUCCCGAUCCUGCCAGGGUAUCUCCCGAUUCAAAACUACAAUUCGUUCUUGAAGUUCACCAACUGGUGCAAGACAAGCGUACCGGACCACGUGGUGCAGGCGCUCAACUCAAUCAAGAACGACGACGCCGCCGUCAAGAAGUAUGGCAUCCAGCUCGCGAUCGAGACGUGCCGCAAGCUCAUGAGCCAGCAGCUCUCGCUCCACUUCUACACCAUGAACCUCGCGUCGUCGGUCCGGAGCGUGCUCGAGGGCCUCAACUUGAUCCCGCGCCGCCACGAGCGCGACUUGCCCUGGGGUUUGCCCAUGCUGCGUCGCAAGGAAGGCUCUGCCGACAAGAUUGAGCAAGUCCGCCCGAUCUUUUGGUCCAACCGCGCGUCGAGCUACGUGGCGCGCACGUCCGAGUGGGACGACUUCCCGAACGGCCGGUGGGGCGACCGGUCGAGUCCCGCAUACGGCGAGCUCUCCGAGUACUACCUCGCGUACAAGCGGCCCAAGGUCGCCCGCGAACGCGUGUGGGGCACGCCGCUCACCGAGCAAGACGUCUGGAGCGUCUUUGUCAAGUUCAUCGAAGGCUCCGUCAAGACGCUGCCGUGGUGCGAGCAAGGACUCUCGGGCGAAAGUACCAUCAUCCGCGAAAACUUGCGCUGGAUCAACUCGAUGGGCUUCCUCACCAUCAACUCGCAGCCGCGGAUCAACGGCGCGCCGUCCGAGGAUCCGAGCGUCGGGUGGGGCGGCAAGGGCGGCUUUGUCUUCCAGAAGGCGUACGUCGAGUUCUUUGUGCCACCGCACCUCAUGGAGCGCCUCCUCGUGGCGCUCAAGGACUACCCGAACCUGUCGUACCAUGCGUUUAGCGCCAACGGCACCGAAUACACGAACGCGCCGGGGCCAAGCGUCACGGCCGUCACGUGGGGCGUCUUCCCGGGCCAGGAAAUCAUUCAGCCAACGGUCGUCGACUCGGCGAGUUUUGCGGCGUGGAAGGACGAAGCGUUCGAGCUCUGGAUGAGCCAGUGGGCAUCGGCGUAUGCUAGCGACAGCGUGUCGCACAGCGUCAUCAAGGAGGUCUACGAGUCGUAUGUGCUCGUCAACAUUGUCGACCACGACUACACGAACGAGGACAGCGAUAUCUUCAAGAUCUUUGCGCGCGUCAUCACCGAAGGGAUGACGAAGGACGACCUCCGCGGCCGCGUCCUCGAGCUCGAAGAGAAGAACGAAAAGCUGCACGAGACCGUCGCCAAGCUCAAGAUCAUCCAGUCCGAAGCCAGUCGCGAGCUCAAGGAAGUGCACCAAGAGCUCUCGGCGUCGCGCGAAGAGAACAACCGCUUGAAGACGCAGCUGCGCGAGCUCCGCGCCCGCGCCGCGCUCUCCGCGAUCUAGCAACCGGUGGAGCUCGGACCCCCAUUCUCCACGUUGA